CUUUUGUCUUUUCUUCGAUUUUUUUUUGUAUCUUCAGGUGCUCUCACUUCAUCCAGUAUUCUUGGCAGCCUUGAUAGCAAGUACCUGAGCCAGUUGAGUUUAUACUUAGACCCAGUCCUUCAGAGUCCAGGUCGCAGUAAGUUUGUGAGGUGUUGGCACGCAAAGACAGAUGGUUGGGCGGCAUCAACAUUUCACAGCAACUGUGAUGGAAAGGGUCCCACUGUAACCAUCGUCCAAGUCGGCAGUUACAUAUUUGGUGGAUAUACUGACAAGUCUUGGUUCAGUCAGAGUAAGUACCAAUAACAUACAAUAGGUGAAGAUUAUACUUGGCACAGCGAGUGUUAGACACGGCUUAUGCUAUGGGGGAUGCAUCGUCCCAGGUGCACAGUUUAUCGCAUAAGCCCUACAUUUCUACUUUUCAAGUGUAUCUGCGACGGAAAGGGUUUCACUUUGAGCUCUUUUAUUUUUUUUCAAGUCUUUUCUUUCUCAAGUGUUAAGCAAGAUAUAUUGGCGAAUGCAUGUGCAGGUGCCUCGGGUUACCACUACGUCUUUUCAAUCGCUAAUUCUGUUAAUAUUAAGUACAGUUACACAACUUAGUGGUGUAUUUUAAAUUCUCUUUCACCUUAGGGGCUUUCACCACCCAUUACGUCAUUAGUUGGAAACUGGGCAGUCCCCAAACAGUCUACCAAAAUAACAAACUGUAAAAUGAAAAACUGAUAUUUUAUAUAAUUUUUACUUGUUUUUUGUUAUGGAAUUGCUGUUCUGAGAUCUUUGAAAUCAUACUUAAAGAAUUUCAUAGCUUUUAUCUGAUAAAUUUUGUUGGUCCUCAGUCGGUGAUGCCUAUGGACACAAUCCACAGCCUGUAUAAUGUUUUUAACUUUGCACGUUCGUAUUUUGAACGAGCACUUGUGCUCUUAGACGAUAACGUGGAUAAAUAAAUUAUUGAUUGAUUGAUUAUUAUUGAAGAACUUAUCUUUCACUGUCUAAAGUGCAUAUACAUGGCUAUGUUUUCCACAGGUUCUUAUCGCUUUGUCUCAUCGAGUAAAUCGUUCCUGUUCUCGUUAUAUAACAUCAAUGGCUAUGCUCCUGUGAAGCUGAACAUCAGGACAAGUCGUUACAGUUACGCUAUAGCCUCAGGUUCCAGCUACGGACCAUUCUUUGGUGGUGGGGCCGACCUGAUUAUUCAUAACAACGCUGCAAGCAACCAAAAUUCCUUCACCCACUGUGGAGACACCUACCCCCUCCCCCCUGGGUCCUCUGCAUCUGGUCGCUCUUGUAGAUUUUAUGCAGGAUCCCACCAAUUCACUCCCACUGAUGUUGAAGUGUUUUACGAGACAAAGACAUAA